GAUCAGGGUCAUUAUUCAAUUCGGUGCGGUCUCCUCCUAAUCCAGCUGCUCCAGCCUAGCCCGCGCCGCUUCCUUCCAACAGACGCCACCAGUGACCAGACACCCCCCGUCUCACAGUCGCAGCGCGCCAGCCGUUAGCUCCCGACGGCGGCGGCGGGAUCCGAGGCUGGGACCGGGGGAGCGGCGUGACCCCGGCGUUGGAGUGCUACAUGUCUCCAUGGAUCCGGCCGCGGACCCCUCGCCGUCGCGGCGGUCGCUGAAGCGGCGGCCGCCCGCGCGGUCGCCGGAGCUGUCGCCGAAGGCGGGGGGAGGGGAUCCGGUGGCGGCGGCGGAGGAGCUGAUCCGGCGGGUGGAGGAGCUGGAGGCCGCGGCGGCAGCGCUGCGGGGGGAGAAGGAGGCCGCGGAGGAGGAGGCGCGCGGCCUGCUGCAGGAGCUGGACGCGGAGCGGGCCUCCGCGGAGACGGCGGCCAGCGAGGCCAUGCUCAUGAUCGAGCGCCUGCAGCGGGAGAAGGCCGCCGCGCAGAUGGAGGCGCGCCAGUUCAAGCGCUACGCCGAGGGACGCGCCGACCGGGAGCGCGAGGUCCAGGAGAACCUCGCCUCGCUCUCCGACCUCGCCGCCUCCUACCACUCCCGCCUCCAGUCCCACGGCAUCGACCCGGACUCCUUCACCGACGACGAGGAGGAAGAGCCCGACGAGGAGGCGGAGCAGUUCGACAUGGACGCGGUCCUGGUGGAGAGGAACGCCGGCGACCUGAGCGCUGGCAUGGAGCUGAAAGCCAUGGUGGUCGUUGACGGCGGCGGCGGCGACGAGGAGGAGGAGGAGCUGUCGUCGCCCGUGGAGAAGGAAUUCGAGUACACGGUGGAUGUUGCUACCUGCGCGAGCACGACGAAGGCGGCUGGGUCGGUGGUGGUGGCGGAGUACGUUGGGGAAGGGAACUCAGGGGGAUUGUAUGCGAGGGUCGAGGCGCUGGAGGCGGACAGGGUGGCACUGCGGAGGGAAAUCGCGGCGCUGCGAGCGGAGAGAGCGCAGCUGGUGAUGGCCAGGGAGAUGGCGCGGCGGCUGUGCUGGGAGAUGGUUACUGAGCAGAGAGCCAUUGUGAAAAAAUCAGCAGCCCCAGCGAGCAGUUUCUCGGUGCUCAGGAUUUGCAAGUGGGUGCUCUCAAUACUGUUUUGGAGAAACAGAAGUUCUACAGCCAAGUAUACCUUCGGUUUGUCGACUACUUUCCUUGGCCUUCUGCUGCUUCUCAACAGAUCCACCAUGUUGAGUCCCUGGCGACGUCUCCCAGGGCCACAACGAUGAAUUAUGACCUCCAUCCAACAGCCAAAUGAUUGUAAAUUCAGAGCUUUGAACAAUUGAGCUUUGUUGUGCAUGUGUAUUUGAUUUUUUUUUAAUGUUUCGUAUUCCUUUUGCCACGUACAGUAUUGGAGCUGUACGUUUUGGUGCCCAAUCUUUGUGCUUGCCGUAUAGUGUGUUAUUCAGACUGCUAGGAUUGACUUGUGAUCUGGAGCUAACUGACAUGCUCUGCAUAGAGUGUAAAUCAUAGUAAUUCGUGGAACCUGACGUUGUUUUAGUUGUUGCUGUUUGAUGCUAGUGUAUAGUGUGUUAUUCUUUCUCUCGAAUUCUUGGGUUAGAUUAUGUUUGGUCAUC